AUGGUAGCCGGUUCUAGCUCCAGACCUACCGUCGCUUCUUCCUCCGUCCCUGUGUACGAGCCACCCGUACAGCCUGUCGCCUCCCCUUCGUUCGCUGUUAAUCUCAACGGCAGUGUUGGCGACAAGGACGAUGAUGUCGAGCCGGAUAUGAUUGCUGAUGACAGUUCCAAUGAUAUUGGAGCGAGUGAGCCUAUAGGGGCGGGAGGGGGAUCUAGCUCUGGCACACAGCAGUACCCUCCACAUUUUUCAUUUUUGGACAUGGAUGCCAUGAGGCAGGAGUGGCACGUGACACCACAGCCGGGUCUACUGGUUAUAUCGGACAGGCAUAACGGCAUCAAGGCCACGCUCGAGGCUCCCGACGAGGGAUGGCUACCUCCAGCUGCAUAUAGGACAUUCUGCAUUCGACAUGUAGCAGCAAAUUUCGCCCUCACCUUCAAGGGCAAGGACGCAAGGAGGCUUCUUGUGAACGCUGCAUAUGCUAAGACCGAGGUAGAGUUCGAUUACUGGUUUGAUAUUUUGCGCUCUGAAGACCCGGCGAUGUGUGACUGGGUGAACAGGAUUGACUAUUCAUUGUGGACACAGUAUUGUGAUGAGGGCCGCAGAUUCGGACACAUGACGACAAAUAUAUCUGAGUGUGUAAACUCAAUCCUCAAGGGUGUCAGAAACCUCCCUGUUUGCUCGCCGGUGAAGGCAACAUAUGGUAGGUUGGCCGAACUAUUUGUCCGCAAGGGGAGAGAGGCCGAGGCCCAGCUGGGUACCGGACAACAAUUCAGUCAAUACCUGGUGAAGUGUAUCGAGGCCAAUUUGAAGACGGCGAGGUGUUUCACGGUGACUUUGUACGACCGGGAUAACUUGGAGUACACCGUCGCAGAGACAACUUCGACCGGUUCGUUCUCAUUGGGUAGCUACAGGGUCUCACUUGGAUCUCAUACAUGUGACUGUGGAUACUUCAAAGCACUUCAUUUCCCGUGUACGCACGCACUGGCAUGCUGUGCCUACUCACGGCUUACUUGGCAGCCUUACGUCCACAAGGUGUAUCGUCUGAGUUCGGUUUUCAGUGUGUAUCGGAUGGGAUUCACAUCUCCCAUUCCGGAGGGCUUCUGGCCACCAUAUGACGGGCCGACAGUGAUACCAAACCCGAACAAGAAGCAUGCGAGGGAGGGUCGUCCCAGGUCCACUCGGAUUCGGACCAAUAUGGACGAGGCAGAUCCGAACCGGCCAAAGAGAUGUGGCCUCUGUCGGCAACCCGGACACACACGUCGGAGUUGCCCACAGGUUGGAGGAGCAGAGCAUACAAGGGGACAUGAGUAG